GCGACUGGUGAGCGAGUUGGGGAAUGGUAGCGGGCGAUGAUCGAAUGACACGGAAUCGUGGCCUCUUCGCCAUCUCAUCCGAGAGAGUCGUCCGUCACGGCUCUGCAAGGCAAGGCAAGGCAAGGCACGGCACGGUACGGCACGGCAACCCCCCCUUCCACCCCCUCGCCCCAGAGCCCUCGGCGCGCCGUCCGACCGCUCUCCGCUCUCCAUUUGGUCCACUUUUCCGAAUUGUACGUCUUUGUAGGUUGAACGCGGCGCGAGGGCGGGAGCCGGAAAGAGGGAGGGAGCUCGUUUGAUAGUGUGGUUUACCGUCUCCGUGUGUGUGAUUGUUGUCGACUGUCUGCGCGUGCGUGUUUCAUGUGAGUUUGUGUGGGAGAGAAAGAAGGUUUUCGGAGGCGGCCAGCGAGCGAGAGAGAGAGAGAGAGAGAGAGAGAGAGAGAGAGAGAGAGAGAGAGAGAGAGAGAGAGAGGCAAUUUGCAGGAGAGAGGCAAUUUGCAGGCGUAUGAAGCAAGAGAUGGAUUACACAUUUUCAGAUGAUAAAAAACGGAAAUUGAACGAAGGUGGUUGCAAUGGUGUGUCGGGCAUGACCCAUGAGGAUAUCAAGAAGCUUCUGGAGCCGUUGUCCAAAGAGCAGUUGUUGGAACUGCUGGUGAAUGCGGGCACGAGGUAUUCAGGUGUCGCGGACGAGAUCCGGGAGGUAGCAAGCAAAGAUCCUGCCCAUCGGAAGCUCUUUGUACGGGGUCUGGCAUGGGAGACCACCUCCCAAGCUCUGCGAGACGCAUUCGCGGAGUUCGGGGAGAUAGAAGAAGGAGCCGUAAUUACUGACAAGGCGACUGGCAAGUCGCGCGGGUUUGGUUUCAUCACGUUCAAGCACAUGGAUUCUGCUCAGCGCGCCUUGAGAGAACCUAGCAAGAAGAUCGAUGGUCGUAUCACUGUCUGCAAUUUGGCAGCCGCGGGCACUCUCGGCGGCUCGCAGGGUGGAGGCGGCGGCGAUCAAUCCCAACGUAAACUGUAUAUAGGCGGGCUGUCCUAUGAGACGUCCACGGAGACGCUCUUGAACAUCUUCGGUCAAUUCGGCGAGAUCGAGGAAGGCUCUGUGGCAUACGACAAAGCGACGGGCAAGUCCAGAGGAUUCGGCUUCGUGACCUACAAAACCGUAGAAGGUGCCAAUAGGGCGUUAUCAGAGCCUACAAGAACCAUAGACGGAAGGACAGUACACUGUAAAUUAGCGGCAGAGGGGCAGGCGCAGAAAGCGGCGGCAGCGGCAGCUGUGGCCGCGGCGGCGGCGGUGGCCGUUGCUCCUCCUUCCGGUCCGGGAAUGCAGGGUUUUGGCGCCGGAGUGCCGGGCUUCGCACGGCCGCAAGCGCCAACCGCUCCAAUGGCGGCGAUGGCGGCGUAUUCGAAUCCGGCGAUGGCGGCGUAUGGAGCUCAAGCGGCAGCGGCCGCCGCUGCAUCUUAUUCUCUGUCUACUCCCCAAGCCUACCAAACCGCUCCUCAGUACACUGCCGCGCAAUACGCCCAGUAUGCCGCUCAGUUUCAGAAUCCCCAGGUCGUAGGUGGAACUGCCACGGGAAGUGCCGGGACAUCCGUAUCAGUCCCAUACUACGCUGGGGCUUCUGGGUGAAGGCCAUGAUCACGACCGUCUGACUUCGCCGAAAGUCAGCCUUGUCUUUCCUAGACGGGCCUAAGUAUUCUAGACAUGUGGAUGGUACGGAAAGUUACGGUGUUGGGAUGGCUCCCCGAAGUGCACAGAACGGAAUGGCGAGAUGGUGGGCGCAUGAGCACCGUAGCGGGGAACGGUCGGAUGUGGCAGACAGGGAGAUAGGUUGACGUGUAUGUGUGUGUGUGUGUGUGUGUGUGUGUGUGUGUGUGAGAGAGAGAGAGAGAGAGAGAGAGAGAGAGAGAGAGAGAGAGAGAGAGAGAG